CCAACCUUUUCCUGCAUUCAACCAAAACAUUCCAACAGCAAUAAUCGUUCUAUUUCUCACAAUUUCAUGUUAGAAUCACUGUGGGAGUAGUGUUUUACGUGAAUUCUUCCGGCAGCAAUCAUUUAUCACAGUCCAGUCCAGAGCCCAACCGUCCUGCUGGCCCAGAUCGUUGGUAGUUCGUCUCGACAGCGCGAUAAGAAACACCGAAACGAGCACACGACGGUUCUAUACCAAUAUGGCUGCAUUAGCUUCCCUGUCCAAAUUUUGCAAGCAUCUAGCAAAACCCACCAUUCAGACGUGUUUCCGCGUUCCGCAGCGAAACUUAAACUUGCUGGAGUAUCAAAGCAAGAAGCUGCUGGAAGAGAGUGGAGUGGCCAUACAAAACUUCCGUAUCCUUGAGGGCAAAAAGGAUGCGGAUGUGUUGAAAGAUUUCGAUGUAAACGAGUACGUCGUAAAAGCACAAAUCUUAGCGGGUGGCCGUGGCAAAGGUCACUUCGAUAAUGGAUUCAAGGGUGGCGUGCACAUCACGAAGAACCGCGCGGAAGUUAUCCCGUUGGUGGAGAAAAUGGUCGGCCACAAACUCAUCACAAAGCAAACGCCAAAGGAUGGCAUCCUCGUGAAGAAGGUGAUGGUGGCGGAUAGCAUCAAUAUCGUGCGCGAAACGUACCUUUCGAUCGUAAUGGAUCGUGAGCACAAUGGUCCGGUUUUGAUCGCUUCGCCGGACGGUGGUAUGGACAUUGAGGCGGUAGCCGAAGAAACGCCCAACCGUAUCAAAACCAUCCCGAUUGACAUUACCAGCGGUAUCUCGCGCGAGCAAGCGAUCGAUGUUGCCAGAUUUCUCGAAUUCAAAGGUCCUCUCGUCGACAAAGCGGCAGACGAAAUAACGAAACUGUACGGACUGUUCACCAAGGUAGACGCGGUGCAGAUUGAAAUUAAUCCACUCGCCGAGACGGACGACGGGCGAGUUAUUUCGGUCGACGCGAAGCUAAACUUCGACGACAACGCACAGUUCCGGCAGAAGGACAUUUUUGCGAUGGAAGUACACGAAGACACCGAUCCGAAGGAGGUCGAAGCGUCCAAGUACAACCUGAACUACAUUGCGAUGGAGGGCAACAUUGGCUGUCUCGUGAACGGAGCCGGCCUGGCGAUGGCAACCAUGGACAUAAUCAAGCUGAACGGCGGCAGUCCGGCCAACUUCCUCGAUGUCGGGGGCAACGUCAAGGAGGAUCAGGUGCUGAAGGCGUUCCAAAUACUUACCUCGGACACGAAUGUGAAAGCCAUUCUGGUGAACGUGUUCGGAGGAAUCGUCAAUUGUGCCACGAUCGCCAACGGUAUCGUGAAUGCUACGAAAACGAUGAACCUGCAAGUGCCGCUGAUAGUGCGUCUAGAGGGAACGAACGUGCAGGCGGCCAAAAAGAUUCUGGAGCAGUCCGGACUAAAAAUUGAGUCCGCGCACGAUCUCGACGAGGCAGCAAAGAAAGCGGUACAGUCGAUCAGAACGGUUUGAGCUGGUUUGGAGUGAACCAAAGCGAAGCGAAAACCUGACCAGUCUUCCGGAAGGGCCUUUACUUUGGCGCUGUAGGAAUAUUGUGCUCUGCUUUGCAAAGGGAAAGUGGUGCUUUUGAAAUAUUACACAUGUGUUGCAUUUUUCUAGUUUAAAUAAAGUCUUUUUUACCAAAAU